AAAAUUUCAAUUAGAGUAAUUAUUGAAGGAUUUUAUUAUGCUCCAUUCUUUAGAAAUUGACCAAAAUUUUCUUAGUAUUCAACCCUUAAAUUAAAAGGGCGACCAAAAUUAUUACUGUAUCUAAAAACAAGAAAAAAAAAUGAAGAUACACAAUUAAAAUUUGAAGCGAAGGAAAACGAAUUAUUGAGAAACGACGUGUUACAGUUACAUACGCUCCCAUUCAAAUCUAGUCAUCAGAAAGCCGCCGCCGGUACUCGCCUCCGCCGCUUCAUCUCAUUAAUGGAGGGAGUAGGGGCCAGGUUCGGCCGAUCUUCUACCCGUUACGGGGGCCCCGCCACCGUCUUCACCGGCCCGGUUCGCAAGUGGAAGAAGAAGUGGGUUUACGUGCCGCCGCCUAAUUCCAACCACCACCAUCACGCGGCCUCUAACGGAACCGCCAAUGGAAGCAACGGCUCCUCCCACCUCCAGCUUUACAAGUGGACGCCCAUCGCUCCCAGCGAAUCGAAAGAUGGCAGCAACAAUGAUAUCAACGGCGGCGAUAAUGGUAAUGCUGAACCCAAAAAUUCAAGUAAAGACGACGAUGCUGCGGUGGAGGAGCUUCCGAAGAAACGAUUCAAGUAUAUCCCGGUUGUUGUGCUUGAAGAACAAAAAAAUGAAUCCUCGGAGCACAUAGAGGAUGAAAAUAAGCCAAGUGAUGAUAACUCAGAUGCAGUAGAGGCGAUGUCAAGAGGUGAUGAAAAACCUGACAUGAAUGAUGUACCGAUGGAUGAAAACCAGGCUUCAGAGAGCAAUCGUGAAGAACGGCAAGAUCUGAAUGAAAGCACCUUGGAUUUGAGUUUGGGGUUGAAGGCUCAUGAUGGUGAAAAUGACUCUGACUCGAGAGCAGAUCAAAACAAAGAUGACUAGAGUGGAUCAUUUCGUAGUUUAUUGAGACGUCGGUCGAUUUAUGCAAGCUAAGGGUAGAAGCAGAUGAGCAAUCUAAGCCUGUUGAGUACAGUCUGUUUCUUGGCUUGUUGCGUUUCUUAUGCCUAAGAAAGUAGAUUUCUUAAGGUUGUAAUUCUAGGGUUUAGUUGUGAUUGCAUUUGUAUGAUUUCAUCUCCUCGCAGAUGAAAUCAAAUAUUUUUUACUCGAAUUAGAAUUUUCAGGUGAGAUUUGUGUUGGGAUUAUGUAACGGGAACCACUUACCACAGCUCGGAUCUAUAAAUGAUUUGAAGCUAUUUGCUGCACAAA